UUCAAUGUAGAGGUUAUAAAAGAUAAUUAUAUUUUAGAUAAUGUUUCAUUAAAACAUGUAGUUUAAUUUUAGAAACCAAUGAUAAUGUUUAAGAUACAUAUGAUAAUUCUUAUUUUGUUGAUAACUCUUAAAAAGCUGUAAAUACAUUCUGCGGAGAUAAAUUGUAUUUGAAUGCCAAUGACUGCGAUUCGCAAAUAGUCUUGAGAAAAUAUCACAGAAGAAUAUAUUUCAGUUAUUUUGUAAAGUUUUACUUUUAAGGCUAAAUAUGUUGCGAUUUACAAGCCAGAAAUUAUGUUCGAGACAAAUGUUGAACAAAGUUUCAAAAUUUAAUAUUGAACAGGCUAGAUAUUUGAGUUUACUUGAAUAUCAGAGCAAGGAGCUCCUAAGAGAUUGUGGAGUUUCUGUACAAAAUUUUGCUAUUGUGGAUGAUUUAAAUAAAGCGAAUUCUGCAUUACAGAAAUUAAGUGCAGAAGAGUAUGUCAUAAAAGCUCAGGUACUAGCUGGUGGCCGUGGAAAAGGAUGGUUUGAUCAUGGUUUCAAAGGAGGUGUACAUCUUACAAAAGAUCGUAAAGCUGUUAUAGAUGUUGCAAAAAAUAUGUUAGGCCAUCGUCUUAUCACAAAACAAACAUCAAAAGAUGGUAUACUGGUACAAAAAGUUAUGAUAGCAGAAUCUGUAAAUAUUGCACGUGAAACAUACAUUUGUAUUCUUAUGGACAGGCAGCACAAUGGUCCUGUAUUAAUUGCUUCACCAGCAGGUGGUAUGGAUAUAGAAACAGUUGCUGAAAAAAGUCCAGAGUUAAUAAAAACCGUACCUCUUGACAUAUAUUAUGGAAUAAAUGAUGAGAUAGCUAAAGAUGUUAGCAUAUUUCUUGGUUUUGUGGAUCCAACGCUACAAGAAAAAGCAAUAUAUGAAUUAAAAAAUUUGUGGAAAUUAUUUGUAGAUAUUGAUGCUUUACAAGUUGAAAUUAAUCCACUGGUUGAAACUAUAGAUAAACAAGUCAUAGCAGUAGAUGCAAAAAUAGCAUUUGACGACAAUGCUCAAUUUAGGCAACAAGAUUUAUUUGCCUUAGAGAAUAGUGAUGCAAAAGAUCCUAGGGAAGCAGAUGCAUCACGAUUCAAUUUGAAUUAUAUUGGUAUGGAUGGUAAUAUAGGAUGUUUGGUUAAUGGUGCUGGUUUGGCUAUGGCUACUAUGGAUAUUAUUAAAUUAAAUGGUGGAUCUCCAGCAAAUUUUCUGGAUGUGGGUGGAAGUGUAAAAGAGGAUCAGGUUUAUCAAGCGUUUAGAAUUCUUAGUGAAGAUCCAAAAGUAAAAGUUAUUCUUGUAAAUGUAUUUGGAGGUAUUGUAAAUUGUGCUACAAUAGCAAAAGGAAUUAUUACAGCAUCUCGUAAUUUAAAGCUUAAAAUUCCACUUGUUGUUAGACUAGAAGGUACUAAUGUAACAGAAGCAAAAGUUCUUCUUGCAGAGAGCAAUUUACCAAUUGUUACAGCAAAUGAUUUAGAUGAAGCUGCAAAAAAAGCAGUUAAUUCAGUGAAAACAUAAGUUUGGCAACAUUCUUGUGUAUUAACUUCAUUAAGACUGGAAAUUCUUGCUACAAAUACAUAUCUAAACAAUAUCAAGAUAUUAAAGGUUAAAUUUUGUAUUCUUUUUUUUAAAUAAUAUUGUUUACAGUCAUUUAUUGUUUAUAAAUUAUUUAAUAAUUUUCA